CCCAGUGCAAGCAGUUAGACCUGGAGGAUAUGACUUUCUCUCAAGGAAGCCAUUUCAUGGCAAACAAAAGAUGUCAGCUGCCUGAUGGUUCUUUCAGAAAACAGAGAAAGGGUUAUGAAGAAAUUCAUGUUCCCGCAUUGAAACCAAAACCAUUUGAUACAAAUGAGUCACUAGUUCAAAUCGAUCGUCUACCAAAAUAUGCUCAGUCAGCAUUUGAAGGUUAUAAGAGUUUAAACAGAAUUCAAAGCAGACUUUACAAGACAGCAAUGGAAAGUGAUGAAAACAUUCUUCUUUGUGCUCCUACUGGUGCAGGUAAAACAAACGUUGCUUUGUUGUGUAUGAUGAGAGAAAUUGGAAAGCACGUUAAUGCUGAUUCAACCAUAAAUGUUGACGAAUUCAAAAUUAUCUACAUUGCUCCAAUGAGGUCUUUGGUGCAAGAAAUGGUUGGAAAUUUUAGCAAGAGAUUGAGUGCAUACAACAUUGUGGUAUCGGAAUUGACAGGAGAUCACCAGUUAACCAGGGAGCAGAUCAAUGCCACACAGGUGUUAGUUUGCACGCCGGAAAAGUGGGACAUCAUAACACGCAAAGGAGGAGAGAGAACGUAUACACAGCUUGUUCGGUUAAUGAUCUUUGAUGAAGUUCAUUUGCUGCACGAUGAAAGAGGCCCUGUACUGGAAGCAUUAGUGGCCAGAACUAUUCGUAACAUUGAAAUGACUCAAGAAGAAGUAAGGCUAGUUGGGCUUAGUGCUACGUUGCCUAACUACAAGGACGUUGCAACAUUUCUCAGGGUCGAACCUACCAAUGGACUUUAUUAUUUUGACAACAGUUUCCGCCCUGUUCCCUUGGAACAACAAUACAUAGGAAUCACAGAAAAGAAAGCUAUCAAACGAUUCCAAGUUAUGAACGAAAUCUUGUACGAAAAAGUAAUGGAACAUGCAGGAAAAAAUCAGGUGUUGGUCUUUGUCCACUCACGGAAAGAAACUGGAAAGACUGCUCGGGCUGUAAGGGACAUGUGUUUAGAGAAGGAUACUUUAGGCCACUUUUUACGGGAAGGAUCAGCAUCUACAGAGGUGCUCCGGACAGAGGCAGAACAGGUUAAGAACUUGGAGUUGAAAGAUCUAUUGCCAUAUGGUUUUGCCAUUCAUCAUGCUGGAAUGACCAGAGUGGACCGUACUCUUGUAGAAGAUCUGUUUGCUGAUCGACACAUUCAAGUGUUAGUUUCCACUGCAACACUAGCCUGGGGAGUCAAUCUUCCAGCACACACCGUCAUAAUAAAGGGUACUCAGGUGUAUAAUCCAGAAAAAGGACGUUGGGUUGAACUAGGAGCUUUGGAUAUCCUUCAGAUGUUAGGUCGAGCAGGUAGACCCCAGUAUGACACUAAAGGGGAGGGAAUACUGAUGACCAAUCACAGUGAACUGCAGUAUUACUUGUCCCUUCUUAAUCAACAGCUGCCGAUAGAGAGCCAGCUGGUCAGCAAACUCCCAGACAUGCUUAAUGCAGAAAUAGUUCUUGGUAAUGUCCAGAACAUUAAAGAAGCUUCUUUGUGGCUGGGCUACACCUACCUGUAUAUUAGGAUGUUAAGAGCCCCGACCCUGUAUAGUAUUUCUCAUGAUGAAUUAAAGUCGGACCCUCUGCUAGAACAGCACAGAGCUGACCUGAUUUUUUCUGCAGCCUGUAUUCUAGACAAGAACAAUUCUAUCAAAUUUGACAAGAAAACUGGAAAUUUUCAGGUCACCGAGUUAGGACGUAUUGCUAGCCACUACUACUGUACUCAUGAAACCAUGUCCACCUACAACACUCUACUUAAACCAACAUUAAGUGAGAUUGAGCUGUUCAGAGUUUUCUCAUUGUCAUCAGAGUUCAAGAAUAUCAAUAUCAGAGAAGAAGAGAAACUAGAGCUUCAGAAACUGAUGGAACGAGUUCCCAUCCCCAUCAAGGAAAGCAUUGAAGAAACAAGUGCCAAGGUCAACGUCCUACUUCAAGCUUACAUAUCUCAGUUAAAGCUGGAAGGCUUGGCAUUGAUGGCAGACAUGGUGUAUGUAACACAGAGUGCAGCUAGACUAAUGAGAGCUAUAUUUGAAAUUGUUCUACACCGAGGCUGGGCCCAGCUAACAGACAAAGCAAUGUCUCUUUGCAAGAUGAUUGACAAAAGAAUGUGGCAGUCUAUGUCUCCACUGAGACAGUUCAAAAAAAUCCCAGAAGAGGUUGUGAAAAAAAUUGAGAAGAAGAACUUUCCUUGGGAGCGACUUUACGAUCUUGGUCCUAACGAAAUAGGGGAGCUUCUGAGAAUGCCCAAGCUGGGAAAGACUGUUCAUAAGUACCUUCAUCAGUUUCCCAAGCUGGAGCUAUCAGCACACAUUCAGCCUAUUACCCGUUCUACCCUUCGAGUCGAACUGACCAUCACUCCAGACUUCCAAUGGGAUGAAAAAGUUCAUGGAACAUCUGAGGCUUUCUGGAUCCUGGUUGAGGAUGUAGACAGUGAAGUCAUUCUUCAUCAUGAGUAUUUUCUGUUGAAGAGCAAAUUUGCGGAAGAUGAACAUGUAGUAAAGUUUUUUGUACCAGUAUUUGAACCACUACCACCCCAGUAUUUCAUCAGAAUAGUUUCAGAUAGAUGGAUUGGAUCUGAGACUCAACUUCCUGUCUCCUUUCGACACUUGAUUCUUCCUGAAAAGUACCCUCCCCCAACGGAGCUUCUUGAUUUACAGCCCCUCCCAGUUUCAGCACUAAGGAAUCUAACUUUUGAAACUCUUUAUAGUGAAAAGUUCCCUUUCUUUAAUCCAAUUCAAACACAAGUAUUUAAUGCUGUUUAUAACAGUGAAGACAAUGUGUUCAUUGGAGCACCUACUGGAAGUGGAAAGACAAUCUGUGCAGAGUUUGCUAUUUUGAGGCUUUUUUCAAAUAAUCCUGAAGGGCGAUGUGUUUACAUUACACCCAAGGAAUCACUGGCAGAACAAGUUUAUGCUGAUUGGAUCAAUAAGUUUAGUGUACAGCUUAGUAAAAAGGUUGUUUUAUUGACAGGAGAAACCAGUACCGACUUAAAAUUAUUGGCUAAAGGUAAUGUUAUUAUUGGAACACCAGAAAAAUGGGAUGUAUUGUCACGACGAUGGAAACAGAGGAAAAAUGUGCAGAAUGUCAACUUGUUUAUUAUGGACGAACUUCAGCUGCUAGGGGGAGCUGAUGGUCCAAUUAUUGAAGUGAUUUGUUCCCGAAUGAGAUACAUCUCCUCACAGAUUGAACGUCAGAUCCGUAUUGUUGCUCUAAGCUCAUCUUUAGCUAAUGCCAAAGAUGUCGCACAGUGGCUAGGUGCUGGCACCAAUUCCUCAUUCAAUUUUCACCCGAACGUUCGACCUGUGCCUUUGGAAUUGCAUAUUCAAGGUUUUAACAUUACCCAUAAUGCCUCUCGUUUGUUGGCUAUGAGCAAGCCCAUAUAUCAGGCCAUCUUACGAUAUUCUCCUCGUAAACCUGUUAUCGUGUUUGUACCUUCUCGCAAGCAGACACGACUCACUGCCAUUGAUAUCCUUACUUACUGCGCCUCAGAAGGCCAGCCAUCUCGUUUCUUGCACUGCACAGAUUCUGACCUCGAACCUUUUGUGGAAAAAGUUUCUGAUAAGACUUUAAAAGAAACAUUAGGUAAUGGAGUGGCUUACCUGCAUGAAGGACUGAGCUUGGCAGAUCGCAAAAUAGUGGAACAGUUGUUUUACAGUGGUGCCAUUCAAGUUGCUGUUGUAUCCAGAAACCUUUGUUGGGGCCUUUCACUUGCUGCCCACUUGGUCGUGAUUAUGGACACUCAGUUUUAUAAUGGGAAAAUUCAUGCGUAUGAAGAUUUCCCUAUUACUGAUGUGCUCCAGAUGGUGGGAAGAGCUAAUCGUCCUCUAGUAGAUGAAGAUGGGAAAUGUGUCCUUUUUUGCCAGAGUUCCAAGAAAGAUUUCUUCAAGAAAUUCUUGUAUGAGCCCUUGCCAGUUGAGAGUCACCUGGACCAUUGUCUUCAUGAUCAUUUCAAUGCUGAGAUUGUCACCAAAACAAUAGAAAACAAACAAGAUGCAGUAGACUACCUGACCUGGACAUUUCUGUACAUGAGGAUGACCCAGAACCCAAACUAUUAUAACCUACAAGGUGUCACCCACAGACAUCUGUCAGAUCAUCUCUCAGAAUUAGUGGAAAAUACACUAAGUGACUUGGAACAAUCAAAGUGCAUCAGCAUUGAGGAUGAAAUGGAUGUGUCUCCACUCAACUUGGGCAUGAUUGCUGCAUACUAUUACAUUAAUUACACAACUAUAGAGUUGUUCAGCAUGUCAUUGAAUGCUAAGACAAAAAUCAGAGGUUUGAUUGAAAUCAUCAGCUCAGCAGCCGAGUACGAAAAUGUUCCUGUUCGUCACCAUGAAGACAGCAUCCUUCGACAGUUGGCCAGUCGUUUGCCUCACAAACUGAACAAUCCAAAGUUUAGUGACCCACAUGUGAAGACAAACCUGCUGCUUCAAGCUCAUUUAUCUCGCAUGCAGCUUUCUGCUGAACUACAGUCAGACACAGAAGAAAUUUUAAGUAAAGCCGUACGAUUGAUCCAGGCUUGUGUAGAUGUCCUGAGUUCCAAUGGCUGGUUGUCUCCUGCUCUCAGUGCUAUGGAACUUGCCCAGAUGGUAACACAAGCCAUGUGGAACAAGGACUCUUAUCUCAAACAACUUCCUCACUUCUCUGGUGAAAUUAUUAAGAGGUGCGUAGAGAAAGGGGUUGAAACUGUUUUUGAUAUCAUGGAACUCGAGGAUGAUGAGCGUGACAAACUUCUUCAGUUGUCUGAUUCUCAGAUGGCUGACGUUGCUCGGUUCUGUAAUCGUUACCCAAACAUUGAGCUGAAUUAUGAAGUACAAGACAAAGACAGUAUCAGAAGUGGGUCAACUGUGAACAUUCUGGUGCACCUUGAAAGAGAGGAUGAAAUAACUGGUCCAGUAAUUGCUCCCUUCUUUCCGCAGAAACGAGAAGAGGGAUGGUGGGUGGUGGUUGGAGAUCCACGUUCAAAUUCACUUAUCUCUAUUAAGCGAUUAACACUUCAACAAAAGGCUAGAGUUAAGCUUGAUUUCGUGGCUCCAUCUCCUGGAGAUGUUACAUAUACAUUGUAUUAUAUGAGUGACGCUUAUAUGGGCUGUGAUCAGGAGUACAAGUUCAACAUCCAUAUUGGGCAGGCUGGUAGGAAGAGAAGUGACAGUGAAAGUGACUAGCCUAACAUCAACAUUCAUGUUAAACUUUCUUUCAUUUUUAAUCAUUGUGAACUUAACAAAGAUGUACAUGAGAAAUCCAAUAAUCUUUUUAAGAUUCCAUCUUUGACUUACUUUCGUCAAUAUGUGAAUUAGAUUUUGUAUCGCUGUCCUUUAAGGCCUGAUGUGUAAGUAAAAUAAAGUGUUUACACGUUAUUCUUGUUUA